CGUGGUAUCUGCAUGCUGUCAUUCAUGGGUGGAACCACAGAUCCGUGGCUCAAAUCCGUGUAAGAGGCGCGUUUUAUUGUUCGCGGAUUCAGAAAAAAACACUCCGUAUUAACUCUUAAACAUGUCGUACAUCCCGGGACAGCCUGUCACUGCUGUUGUGCAACGGAUUGAGAUUCACAAACUACGUGAUGGGAAUAAUUUAAUACUGGGUUUUAGCAUUGGAGGGGGAAUUGAUCAAGAUCCAAGUCAGAAUCCAUUCUCAGAGGACAAGACAGACAAGGGCAUUUAUGUCACGAGGGUUACAAAAGGAGGACCAGCAGAAGUUGCAGGUCUCAUGAUGGGGGAUAAAAUAAUGCAGGUGAAUGGCUGGGAUAUGACCAUGGUGACCCAUGACCAUGCACGGAAAAGACUAACAAAAAAGAAUGAAGACGUCGUCCGGCUACUGGUAACCAGAAAAUCUCUGGAGGAGGCAGUCAGACAGUCCAUGAUGCAACACUAAGAGGACUCUGAAACACACGUUUAUGAAUAUCGUGUAUCAAUCAUUCUUACACAGUAUGUAACUUUUCCUAUAUACAUUGCAAUCAAUCCAAAGAACAAGAUGAUGUCAUUCCCAUUUAGCAUCUUAUAGACAAACUGGGUGGUUUUACUGGUUUUUCAGGCAGAUUGAGUCUAGAGACUGUUUCAUCUUCAAAUCUACACUGACAGUAUGAUUUAGUGAUGUUUGUAAUACACUGGUAUCACUUUUUGUACACCUUGUUCUUGGAUUCCGUAGGGUUGAUCUUGCAGUGCAUUAUUCCCAGUGUUGCAAUGAAAAUGUGGACAUAGGUCUUUUUACUGAUCAUUCUGUCUCUGUCUUUUUUCAUAGAUGACAAGGGCUACAAGUAGGUUUAUAUCAGUUAUUGCCUUCGGUUGUAUUCGGUGAUAUUCUAGAAUGAUUCCAGGUAAAACCAAGGAACAUGUUUAUCAGCUACACUUUAAAGACCACUAAUAUUUCAUUUCAUUUGUUGUAGGAUGCUUUAUACAUCUAUACCUGUUUGUCUAUAUGUUCAAGACUCGUUUUGUCUCUGGUAUAUAAAUUUGAAUUAUGUUCUUUCAAUUAUUCUGUAGUACACUACAUAAUAACUUUGUAAUUUCUUGUAAUUGUUUGUAUUUGAAAGAAGACCAUGAAAGCCUUAUCAAUGCUACACAAUAAAAUAACUGUGUAUUUAGUGACCUUUACUGAUCUGCCACUCCCAGGAAUUACUACACUGUCUUGUUAAUUGUCUUUAUGAUAGACUGUAUAAUUGUUUUCCACUUUGAAUAAAUAAGUGAAUCCUA